AUGGCUCUUCCAGACUCAUCCAAAGAGGAUGCCAACAAAGGCUUGGGCAAGAAGAUCAAUGCUUCCACCAGGCUAGUACAUCGAACGCUUAAUAAGCUUAUACUGGAUCGACUGCCAUUGGCGCUUCCACCAAGAGCGCAAAACCCUUCACUAUACACUUCGGGCAUACUGCACAUAGCAUCUAUUUACAUUGCAUUUGAGUCAUUAUGGCGGCAAAUACUCCACUCUCAACCCCUAGACAAUGAUAAGCCAGACGACCUGUUCUGGACCAAGAUGAUCCCACUUGGAAGGGUAAACCACAAGCAACCCACCUUCCCAUGGCCAUUUUCCACAAAGACAAAAUCCAGCAAGAGGAUACGGGGGCUUCUGGCCGAUAUGUACGAUGCCAAGCUGGAAAGGACGCCGCGGCUGGUGGCAGACAUCCGCGCUCUGACGGGUUGGUCCAGGGACGAAGUGACGGCCGAAGUACGCGCCAUCACGACGGGUGAUGGUGCACUUGCCCGUAUGGUACGACAUAUGAACGAGUCGGUUUGCGAAAACCCGCACGUCUUGCUCGCUUACGGAUGGGUCAUGUACAUGGCGCUUUUCUCGGGCGGGCGGUUCAUGCGGGCGACGCUCGAAAACGCCGUUGGUGAUCCAGACCUACCAUUUUGGGCGGCGAACCCAGGACGUAUAGCGCCAGGGCAACGACAGUCUGUUUCAGGACGGACCGCCAUAGAAGACCCAGGAUUUGCAGAACACGGUGGUGAACAUCCCUCGUGUGUCCGCGUCCUCGAGGGUGAUAGCGGGCACAGGCUGCCGCUUGAUUUUCUGCACUUUUCGACGGAGCGUGACGGGGAGGAUCUCAAAGAAGCGUUCAAGAGCCGCAUCGAGACAGUGGAGGCGUCACUUACACCGGCGAAACUGGAUGACGUGGUGCAGGAAGCCAUGUGCAUCUUCGAAUCCCUGAUUCAUAUUAUCGAAGACCUCGACAGGAUAUGCGGCACGCCAGCAACGACAGGAGUGCAGCCAGCGGAGGCAAAGACCGACCUGGGAAUAUGGCCCGAAGCUGCGAGGCUUGGCCUACUGCCCAACACAACAAGCGGUCAUUUUGUCGGCGGAGGCGGCGUCCACAGCGUCUGCGCCGACGUCAAUGCCGGCAAAGAGACGACCUCCCAGCCCAACUUCAGCAAGUCUUGGUCCGAGAUUGUAGCCUCGGGCCGGCUCAGGGACAGCAUCGCAGUAUCCAAAGAGCGUUCGGCCAAGGCGACGCUGAAGAGAAAGGCGGCGACCAUUGGCGUUGGCAAUAAAGCCAAGAAGCAUGAUCGGGACGCCGCCUGA